AACCCGCCACCACUCUCUUCGCUGCUUCAUCCCCAUUACUUGGUUUGACCAAAUCAGCCCAUCUCCGCCAUCUCUCUCAUUUUUUUUUCUCCCUACGACGGUCUUUCGACCGUCGCUGGUGGUCGGAGUCUGCCGAUCUUUCCCAAAUUCAAUUUUGGUUGUGUGGAUUCGUCGAGUUUUGGAGCGAAUUUUUUCGCCCUCGCUAACGAUUUUGUCAUUGGAUUAGGAGUUUUGAUUAUUUAUUUAUUUAUUUUAUUGAGGUGUUGUUCGUAAGCGAUUUGAUGUCAACCGUGUCGUCGUCGAUGGGAUUGUGCGACGAGGGGGAUUGGCCGCCAGGGUUUCGGUUUCACCCGACAGAUGAGGAGCUGGUUCUGUAUUACUUAAAGUUCAAAGUCUGUAGACGCAAAUUGAAGCUCGAUAUCAUUCGCGAGAUCGAUGUUUACAAGUGGGAACCCGGGGAGUUGCCUGGUCAAUCUAAGUUAAAAACUGGUGAUAGACAAUGGUUCUUUUUCAGUCCUAGGGAACGUAGAUAUCCAAAUGCAUCUAGAUUAAGUAGAGCUACAAGAAAUGGCCACUGGAAGGUCACGGGAAAGGAUCGAAUAAUAAAGUACAAUUCACGUAAUGUUGGUGUGAAGAAGACCCUGGUGUUCUAUCAAGGCCGUGCCCCUAAUGGUGAGCGGACUGACUGGGUUAUGCAUGAGUAUACCUUGGAUGAAGAUGAGCUCAAGAGAUGUAAGAAUGUAAAGGAUUACUAUGCUCUCUACAAACUUUACAAGAAAAGUGGACCUGGUCCUAAAAAUGGUGAGCAAUAUGGAGCACCAUUUAAAGAAGAAAAUUGGAAUGAUGGUGAAUGCCAAGUUUUAGUUCACUCCGACGGUCAGGAGCCACAAGUGAACAUACUUGAUGAGGUUACCUCUGUCGAUCGUGAAAGAGCGAACGUUCAAAUACAGCUUUCAUCAGAUGAUAUUGAGGAACUUUUGCAACAAUUUACAAAUGAUCCUGUCCUAGAGUUGCCAUCAGUCAGUGGUUAUCAUCAAUUUGACUCGGUCGUGCAGGUUGAUGACAAAGAAGGAACUGCAAGUACUAUGAUUGAUACUUACUCUCAGAAUCACAUACUUCCUGAAGCGGAUAAAGUAUUAAACUUAAGUGGCCAGCCAAGUGAUUUGCAUCCAUGCUUCCAAUUUACCCAGGCAGGUCUCUUCCAAUUGCAAUCCUUUGAGAGCGAGGUAUCAUCGGCUCCCAAAUAUGGUGAAGAAGAAGAUUUCUUGGAGAUUGAUGAUCUCAUUGGUCCUGAGCCAACUCUCGUGGCUAAUGUCAACCCCUUGGGAAAUUCAGAGUUCGAUGGAUUGAACGAAUUAGAGCUGUUCCAUGAUGCAAAUAUGUUUCUUCGCGACUUGGGACCUGUCGUCCCAGAAACAUUUUUAGAUCCAUAUUUGAGUGCUGACGGUGGUAUUAUUGUUGCUAACGAUGUGAAUGGCCAUUUGCAAUAUGAUCAGAUGGGCAAUGGGUUCUGGGAGAAUGAGACAGAAAAUUCCUUCAGCUUCCCAGAACCGCAUCAACAGUUUGGUACUCAACCAAAUUUAGGUGUGGGAUAUGAAUCUGUAAGUUCUGCAGCACCAGAAAUAAGGGAUAACCAAAUAGCAAACGGUGGAGGCAGUUCUGCAAGUAAGUUCUCUUCCAAUUUGUGGGCCUUUGUAGAGUCGAUACCGACCACCCCCGCUUCAGCUUCCGAGAACGUCAACCGCACUUUUCAGAGGAUGUCUAGCUUUAGCAGAUUGAGACUAAAUACCCUGAACACCUUUAACGCCAAUGUCGCCGUAGGUAAUCCCAAAACUAGCGCGAGGAGAACGGGUACGAAUAAGGGAUUCUUUUUAUUUUCAAUUCUUGGAGUAUUGUGUGCCAUUCUAUGGGUGUUCUUAGGAGAUGUUAGAUUACAGGAAAGAGGCAUUGCCUCAUGAAUCUGGUUCAUUAAAAUUCUGCCAUCUUCUUUUAUCCCUUUAUUAUAUGCAUAUCUUAUAGUUCCAAUCUUCGUGGGAGAUUCCUCUUCAUGGAAACUGAAUUUUGUAUGUAAAUUAUAGCUCAGUCAUAGAUGAAAUAGAG